AUGUCCGACGAUUUUGACUCGGACGAUAACGAAAACGAUCAAUUCCAACAAAGAGAAGUGAGGGAAGCAGUGUCCUUCUUGAUUGAAAUCACUCCUGAUAUACUAUCACCCCAAAAUGAUCUCGAUCACACGUCACAACUAAUUGAAAUACUAAGUAGUAUCAACGACUUGAUGCAGGAUCUAAUCAUAACAUCACGCAGUACCGGUAUUGGGAUCUACUUUUACAACUGUUCCACUAUCGCACCAUUGAAAUCAAUGAAGUCUCCCGCUACAUUCAAUCGAUUGUUUCAUUUGAACGUGCUAAAUUUGACCAAUAUGAAGACACUCAAUGAUUUGAUCCAGAAUGUGAAAGAGCGACCCUUGGAUAAGGUGUUCCGGUAUGAGCCAAUGAAACAAGAUGUGGAACUAUGUACUGUGUUGAGCAAGAUGAUUGAUGAGUUUAUGAAUAAACGCGAGUUUAAUAAACAACGCAUGAUUUGGAUCACGAGUAAUGAUCAUCCGUUUGAAACUGAGUCCACUUGUGAAACUUUGUUUCGGAUUAUAAAUGAUUUUUAUGCGUACGGGUUUUAUAUCGAGCCGAUUUUCCUUGCGUCAAAGGAUCAUGCUUUCGAUCAUCGUCAGUUCAAGUUGAUUUUUAUGAAUUCCAACUUUAUGAAGUCUUUGCAGCAGAGUGGCACACAGGGCACACAGGGCACACAGGGGACACAAGAAGCUCAAGCCACUCAGAUGGAUGCCAAGCUUCUGACUGAAUAUUCCAAAGAUUAUCCAAUUUUCCAAAAACUGGUGUUGUCGAAUCAAAUCCGUCAAAGUAUACUUGACAUCAAGUACGUCCGACGUGUCCAAUUCACAUGCAAUUUGAUUCUCAGCGAUGACGGUAAAUUGGGUGGAUCAGUGGGGUGUACCAUCAAGGGGUACACCUUGUAUUCUCAUGAAAAGUUAAAGAAACGAGAGUUGUUACUCUACACGCGUGGAGAGUUACUUAAACGAGUAUACACUGAAACCAAUUGGAUUAGAGAGAAUGAUGGAUCCAAGAUUGAGAUCAAAAGCGCUCAUGAUAGUGGUGGAUUAUCGCUAGCUGAACGGAAACAGGAAGCGGGGAUUAGGAAAGGGAUUGAGUUGGGUGGUGGUGGUGCUGAUGUGUUGUUAUUGAAUCAGGAGUUGAUGAAGUUUUUACGAGAUUAUACAUUUGAUCAUCGAGUUGAGGAGGACGAAGAAAACAAUAAUGUUGGUGAUUUACUUGGUGGAAAUGAUAAACAAGAAGAGGAAGAAGAAGAUGAUGAGCAAGGUAAAAAAUCAGCCAAGUCGGUGCCAUUUUCGCCUCCACCAUACUUGAAAUUGAUUGGUUUCCGCGACUUGUCUCACUUCAACUAUGCCUACGCUUGUGGUGCUCCAAUUUUCAUCACUGCUGAUCCCGACAAUGGACUUGGCAGAACUUCACACUCAUUGAAUGGAGGCUUUACCAACUCACAAUCGACGUUUGCGUCAUUGUAUCGCACGUGUGUUAAAAUGCAGCAGUAUGCAAUGGUUUUUGGCUGUACUAGAUCAAAUUCGAAACCACGCUUGUAUGCAAUGUACCCAACGCGAACUCAAGGGUCGACUAAGGUGUUUACAAGAGAGGGAGAAGACGUUACUCCAGGAUCUUCUACUGGUGCUGGCACUGCUGGGCCUGCCGAUUCUGCUGGGUCUGCCGGUUCUGCUGAUUUUCCUCAAGGAUUCCUCUUGAUCAGAAUGCCAUGGUUGGAAGAUGUACGGUCGUUACCAGCGACUUAUAUCAACAAGAUCACCAACAGUGGGGAUAAUCACAAGGAAGGAGAAGGCGCCAUCAAAGUUAAGCUGGAAUAUACGUAUGAGACCGAUAGUGGAACACCAUAUGAUAAACAAUUGGUGUCCAAAUUGCAAGAUAUCAUGAAGCAAAAUGAAAUGGAUCUAUAUAAUCCGCAUGAUUAUCCCAAUCCGUCCAUCAAUUAUUUUUAUAAUGUGAUCAAGCAUGAGUUGUUGCAGAUGGAGUAUGACAAGUGA